AUGAUAAACACGGCAGGCGCCGAGCUCAGCUCGGGUCAUGUGGAGGAGGGCGCGAGUGCGCGGCGCGGCGUGAUGCGGCGCGCGUGCGACUGGGUCGCAUGGCCGGUGGUAGCGUGCGCGCUGCUGCUGGUGUGCGACUGCCUUUGCGCUGGCGAAAUACUUGCACCUGGAGUAUGCCCAUCGAUAGAUAUAAGGAACAACCCAGAGUACAUGUCAAAACUGCGCGACUGCCGGGUGAUCGAAGGCCACCUUAGCAUCGUGCUGAUGGAAAGAGCUACCACCGCUUCCUUCGAGAAUGUAUCUUUCCCAGAACUCAGGGAAGUUACGGGCUAUAUACUAAUAUAUAGAUUAAAAGGUGUUCGCAACCUUGGCGAUCUAUUCCCAAAUCUAUCUGUGAUACGAGGCAUGCAGCUGUUCAAGGAUUUCGCUCUUGUUAUAUUUGAUAAUGAAGGACUCGAGUCGUUGGGUCUUCGCUCUCUUACGACGAUAGAGAGAGGUGCUGUUCGCAUCCAGAACAACGAUCACCUAUGCUACGUCAAUUCCAUUGACUGGUCUCGUAUCAACGUCGACGGACCACAGAAUAAUAUAAUUAGAUCGAAUUAUGACACUCGGCUAUGCGGUUUAUGUCCAAACGCUCAAAGCCGGAUGGAGGAUCAAAAGCAGUCCAUGCAAUGUCCGGUUGAUUUUAUGCGACGCCUGUUAUGCUGGGACGACAAACAUUGUCAAAAAAAGGAUUGUCCAGAAUGUGGAGGGAGAGUGUGUAUGGCGGAUGGGUCUUGUUGCCAUUCAACUUGCUUUGGUGGCUGCGACGGCCCCUUACCCAGCGACUGCCAUGUCUGCGCCAACUUCUCUUUUCGCUAUGGGAAGGAGCGCACCUGCAUGGAAAGCUGCCCUGCGAAUACCUAUAUGCUCGCGCGCCGCUGUGUGACGGAGGAGGAGUGCCGCACGACGCCGCCGCCGCAGAGCACGGCCGCCGACGCAGGGCCCGCCAUCCGCGCCUACAAGAUAUUGAACAAUCGCUCCUGUGUGUACGUCUGUCCUAGCGGCUAUAUGGAGAAAGGCACGAUUUAUAAUGCCACUUGUGAGCCAUGUCCUCCGAAGGGUUGCGAACGCGAGUGUAUGGGUGGAAAAAUCGACUCGGUAGCUUCUGCUGAGCCCUUUUUCGGUUGUACUCACGUCAAGGGCACCUUGGAAAUCACUCUGCGGGCCAGCGGCGGGAACACGAUAGCCGCGCUGGAGGGGGCUUUAGGCUCGAUACGCGAGAUCGAGGGCAGCCUGCGCAUCGUGCGCUCGUACCCGCUCGUGUCGCUCAUGUUCCUCAAGAGCCUCGAGCGUAUACGCGGCCUCACCUCCGACAACAAAGGGCAGACUUUAUACAUAUUCAAUAAUCCCAACUUGGAGAGGUUGUGGGAUUGGGAUCGGAAUACGACGAACAAAAGAAGAAUAGAAAUAACUACCGGCAAGCUCUUCAUACAUUUCAAUCCGAAGCUCUGUUACGAUCAGAUUAAACCUUUACAGGAAAUGACUCUGGAUCCGAUGUCAAAAUUCAGUGAAACGGAAGUGUCUCAAGAUAACAAUGGAGACCAGGCAUCUUGUUUCCAAGACACGCUGCAUCUGAAGGUGCACUCGCUGCUACAGCGCGUGGCGAUCCUGACGUGGGACAUGUACUGCAUGGAGGACACCCGCAAGCUGCUCGGAUACUCCAUAUACUACAUAGCGGCUGAGCACAACGUCACCUUGUAUGGGCAGCGGGAUGCCUGUUCUGAUACGUGGAACGUCCUCGACAUCACAGUAGACGAGGUGCGCAACGGAACAACGUUCAUACCCAAGAACAAGAAGGCGGUGUUGAGUAGCCCCUGCUUCGACAUCCAGCCGCUGUUCUACCCUCUGUCCCAGCUGACGCCCUUCACGCGCUAUGCCGCCUACGUCAAGACAUAUACCACGCAGGACAGGAAGGGCGCCCAGAGCCCUAUCAUAUACUUUAAGACGUUGCCUGGUCCUCCAAGUCCACCUCUGGGUCUGACUGUAGAAUCUCUCAAAGAGCACUCCGCUACUAUAAAAUGGCAGCCACCAUCAAUGCCCAACGGCACCAUCGGGUUCUACCAUGUCGAAAUACAAGCGAAUAACUACAACCGACCUAAGAUACUCGCUCUCAAUGUACACUACUGUAACAAUCCAAGCGCACUCGUGAACCUGAUCGCGGUGCGCGGCGAGGAGGGCCCCGGCGCGGCCGAGGGCAAGCAGGACACGGGCGACGUGAAGGCCGGCACCUGCGCCUGCAAGGACGACGCGCGCCCCACGCGCUUCAGCUCGGUCGCAGAGGAGGAACGGAUUGAGAGCAUCAACUUUGAAAACGCUUUGCAGAAUCAUGUGUACGUGAAGGCGGGGCGGUCGCCGGCGAACGAGUCGUCCGCGUCGCGCACGCGCCGCUCCAUCGACGACAGCAUCAACAGCAUGCUCGUCAUCCUCAGCGACCCGCACGUGCCCAAGCUCGGCCAGAACCACACCAACGCCACCGACGGCAAGUACGUGAAGACCCUAUACUACGACCUGGAGGGCAGCGCGCGGUCCCUGACCGUGGACAGCCUGCGCCACUUCACCUGGUACACCGUCAACGUGUGGGCGUGCCGCAUGCAGCACGAGAACGAGUCCGCCGUCAUAUACGAGCGUGAGUGGUGCUCGCAGCGUGCUCAUUAUACCUUCAGGACCUUGCAGAGGCUGAAUGCAGAUGUGGUCAGAAAUCUGCAUGCCGAAGUCUUACCAUCGAAUAAAACACUGCCGGAGGUGAACGUGACGUGGCAGCCGCCGGAGGACCCCAACGGGUUCGUGGUUGCGUACAGCGUACACCAGUCGCGGGUCGAUGAUACUAAUCAGGCGCAGGAAAUGGGGCUAGUGAGCUGCAUCACGGCGGACGACUACGAGGCGAACGGGCGCGGCGUGCCGCUGCGCAACCUCGCGCCCGGCAACUACUCGCUGCGCGUCACGCCGCUCUCGCUCAGCGGCGCCGGCAACUCCUCCACCGACCUAUACGUGUUCAUACCUGAGCGCACGGCGGAGCUGACGUACGAGUGGGUGUGGGGCGUGGUGGGCGGCUGCCUGGCGCUGCUGGCGCUGGUGGGCGCGGCGCUGUGGGCGGCGCGGCGCGCGCUGCUGCCGCCCAGCGACGCGCCCAAGCUGUUCGCGCGCGUCAACCCCGAGUACGUGUCCACGGUCUACGUGCCCGACGAGUGGGAGGUGCCGCGCGCCAGCAUCGAGUUCGUACGGGAGCUGGGGCAAGGCUCAUUCGGCAUGGUAUAUGAAGGCCUCGCCAAAGGUCUAGUGAAAGGCAAACCGGAAACUCGAUGCGCUGUGAAAACUGUCAAUGAACAUGCCACUGACAGGGAGCGCAUCGAGUUCCUAAACGAGGCGUCGGUGAUGAAGGCGUUCGACACGUUCCACGUGGUGCGGCUGCUGGGCGUGGUGUCGCGCGGGCAGCCCACGCUCGUGGUCAUGGAGCUCAUGGAGCACGGCGACCUCAAGACCUACCUGCGCUCGCACCGCCCCGACGCCGACUCCUCGCUGCCGAAGAAGGGGCAGCUGCAGUCGUCGCCCACGCCGCCCACGCUGCAGAGCAUAUUGCAGAUGGCAAUAGAAAUAGCGGAUGGUAUGGCAUACCUGUCCGCGAAGAAGUUUGUGCACCGCGACCUGGCGGCGCGCAACUGCAUGGUCGCCGGAGACCUCACCGUCAAGGUGGGCGACUUCGGCAUGACCAGAGACAUUUAUGAGACUGAUUAUUAUAGGAAGGGCACUAAGGGCCUGUUGCCGGUGCGGUGGAUGAGCCCCGAGAGCUUAAAGGACGGGGUAUUUUCCAGUAAUAGCGAUGUGUGGAGUUAUGGAGUUGUAUUAUGGGAGAUGGCAACACUCGCUAUGCAACCAUAUCAGGGGUUGUCAAACGAGCAAGUGGUGCGGUACGUGGUGGAGGGCGGCGUGAUGGAGCGGCCGGAGCACUGCCCCGACCGGCUGUACGAGCUGAUGCGCGCGUGCUGGGCGCACCGCGCCGCCGCGCGCCCCUCCUUCCUGCAGCUGGUGGCCGACCUGGUGCCCUCCGCGCAGCCCUACUUCCGACACCGCUCCUUCUUCCACUCGCCCCAAGGGCAGGAGAUAUACGCGCUACAGAGGACCAAUUUGGCGGAGGAGGAGGCGGACAUGCAGGAGGUGGACGUGGGCGCGGUGGCGACGGGGUCCGGCUCCAACCUGUUCGGCGUGUCGGGGCGCCUGGCGUCGUGGGUGCGCGAGCUGUCGUCGCUGCACACGCGCGCGUCCGACGACGCGGCCGCCGAGCCCCUGCAGCCCGCGCGCGCCAUCCCGCUCAAGCCGGGGCCCAACGGCGUGCUGCGCGACGCGCCCGCCUGC